UGGCGGCGGCCAGCAGCAGCUAAGUUGCUUCGAGGGGGAGUCCAAGAUGACCGGUUCUAACGAGUUCAAACUGAACCAGCCACCCGAGGACGGCAUUUCCUCGGUGAAGUUCAGCCCCAACACCUCCCAGUUCCUCCUGGUCUCGUCCUGGGACACGUCGGUGCGCCUCUACGACGUGCCUGCCAACUCCAUGCGGCUCAAGUACCAGCACACCGGCGCCGUCCUGGACUGUGCCUUCUACGAUCCAACACAUGCUUGGAGUGGAGGAUUAGACCAUCAAUUGAAAAUGCAUGAUUUGAACACUGAUCAAGAAAAUCUCAUCGGAACCCAUGAUGCCCCUAUCAGAUGUGUUGAAUAUUGCCCAGAAGUGAAUGUGAUGGUGACAGGGAGUUGGGAUCAGACAGUUAAACUGUGGGAUCCCAGAACUCCUUGUAAUGCAGGGACCUUCUCUCAGCCCGAAAAGGUGUACACCCUCUCAGUGUCUGGAGACCGGCUGAUUGUGGGCACUGCAGGUCGCAGAGUGCUGGUGUGGGACUUACGGAACACGGGCUACGUGCAGCAGCGCCGGGAGUCCAGCCUCAAGUACCAGACUCGCUGCAUCCGGGCAUUUCCCAACAAGCAGGGCUAUGUAUUAAGCUCCAUAGAAGGCCGAGUGGCAGUUGAGUACUUGGACCCAAGCCCUGAGGUGCAGAAGAAGAAGUACGCCUUCAAGUGUCACAGACUGAAGGAGAACAACAUCGAGCAGAUCUACCCGGUCAAUGCCAUUUCCUUUCACAACAUCCACAACACAUUUGCUACAGGUGGCUCUGAUGGAUUUGUAAACAUUUGGGACCCAUUUAACAAGAAGCGGCUGUGCCAGUUCCACCGGUACCCCACCAGCAUUGCGUCUCUGGCCUUCAGUAACGACGGGACCACGCUCGCAAUAGCAUCAUCGUAUAUGUAUGAAAUGGAUGACACAGAACAUCCCGAAGAUGGUAUCUUCAUUCGCCAAGUGACAGAUGCAGAAACAAAACCCAAGUCCACCUAAUCAUCUCGUGAAAGUGGUUUCUCUAUGGCAAGCUUUGUUUUGCUUCCUACAAAUACAUACUCAUCCCCUAAGGGAUGCGUUGUAGUCAUUGUGGACACCUUAUUUAGUAUGUGGAUUUCUCUGUUUUCUGUCUUAAAAAAACUUGUCCGUGUGCCCUUCCAUGCUGACUUUGUGUAGGAUGAGGAGUCUUUGUGUCCUUGGGUGAUAGUCUGAAGAAUUGUUUUUACCCCCAGAAAGCCCAGUUGCUGUUUCGGAGCAGCUUGAGCUCUUUUUGUAAAAUAAUCUAACCCUGUUAUUGCUGUGCUGUCUAAUAAAUCAGAGAUUCAGAACCCUUAAAAAAAAAAAAAAA